AUGGCGAUCGCUACAGAGAAGGAGGCUUCAGAUGGUUCAGCAGUUGCACAAAAGAGAUGGAAUCUGAGUGAUUUCGACAUUGGAAAGGCUCUCGGAAGAGGCAAGUUUGGUCACGUUUAUCUUGCUCGAGAGAAACGGAGCAACCAGAUUGUCGCCCUAAAGGUUCUUUUCAAGACGCAGCUUCAGCAAUCUCAAGUUGAGCAUCAGCUCAGAAGAGAAGUUGAGAUUCAGUCUCAUCUUAGGAACCCCAAUAUACUCCGCCUCUAUGGUUACUUCUAUGAUCAGAAAAGGGUUUAUUUGAUACUGGAGUAUGCUGCUAGAGGUGAGCUUUACAAGGAGCUUCAGAAAUGCAAAUACUUCAGCGAGAGAAGAGCUGCUACUUAUGUUGCGUCCUUGGCGAGGGCUCUUAUCUACUGUCAUGGCAAGCAUGUGAUACACAGAGAUAUCAAACCAGAAAAUCUCUUAAUCGGUGCUCAGGGUGAGCUCAAGAUUGCAGACUUUGGUUGGUCAGUGCACACAUUUAACCGUAGAAGAACCAUGUGUGGCACCCUCGAUUACCUUCCUCCUGAGAUGGUUGAAAGCGUAGAACAUGAUGCAAGUGUAGAUAUCUGGAGCCUAGGGAUUCUCUGUUACGAGUUCCUUUAUGGCGUACCUCCUUUUGAAGCCAUGGAGCACUCUGACACAUACAGAAGGAUUGUGCAAGUCGACCUCAAGUUCCCUCCUAAACCAAUUGUGUCUGCAUCUGCAAAGGAUCUAAUCAGCCAGAUGCUUGUCAAGGAGUCUGCAAAACGUCUGCCACUGCACAAACUUCUUGAGCAUCCAUGGAUUGUGCAGAACGCUGAUCCUUCUGGAAUCUACAGAGGUUGA